CCCGCCAGGGGUCCGAGGUCAAAGGCCCGACUGCUGCACCACAGAGCAGUUAUUGUGACUAACGUUUCACAAACACAUGUAGGAGUCCAGAGAAGAACAUUCCACAACAGCAAAGAGCUGCAGCACGAACAUCCUGAGGAAACAACACUGGCUUCCUGUCAAAUUAAGCCAAGCCGACGGCUGCUCGGGGUGAUAACCGCUGACUGGCUGAGGUGCAGAACCACCUUCGGAUCCGCAGCCGCCCACCAGAACCAGAUCUGCCCACCGGGAAGGUCCAGGCAGCAGUCAGUCGAGCUCCAGGACGGUAGCAGGAUGGGCCUCCUACUACUGCUCACCUCCACGCUGCUGUCCAGCUACUUCCAUCCAGGCAGCGUGGUGAACGCACAGCACAUGUUCACCAUCAGAGACAUCAGCUUGUCCGUCGAGCCGAGUACAGAUGUGACCCGAGGCACCAACGUGACCGUGAGAUGCCAGGUGACGGUCAGCAGCUCGGGCCAGGAGGCGCUGAGUCGCGAGUACACGAUAUUCAAGGACGGCAGCAUCGUGUACACCAAGACCACCAGCUCCUCCGAGGACUUCCUGUACCUGCUGCCCGAGGCCAGAGUGUCCAACAGCGGCAAAUACAAGUGCAAGAUCAACAUCGAGGGCAAACAGUCGACCAGCGACGCUAAAAAACUCUCAGUGACAGGCCUGUCAAAGCCAGAUCUCCACCUAAACAAGGGCGUGGUCACUGAAGGGGAGGAGCUAACCGCCAGGUGUAUGGCACCAGGAGAGACGGGCUCCAUUUUCUUCUACUUCUAUGAUAACUCCGAAGAGGUCCAGGAGAAGCGAGUGAACUCCAACCAGGCGGUGGCAGAGCUUCGCUUCAGCAGCAUCGGCAACCACAAGAUCCACUGCGCCUACACCGUCCUCAUAACGCCGGACUCCUUCAAGUCUGAGGAAAGCAACUCAGUCACAGUUUCUGUCAAAGAGAUUUCCAUCACACCGGUUUUGGAGAUUUCCCCUCAGUACAAGAUCUUUGAAGGAGACCGUCUGAAUAUCUUUUGCUCUGUCCAAACCUCUCAGCACAGCACUGAGAACAUGCUGCUGUACCUGAGCGAAGGCACCAGCCUCCUCAGCAGCGGAACCACCAAAGUCAACCACAGCAUGGUGGCACUGGCGAAGGCUGCCGGGCUGAUGUUUGAGUGCAGAAUGGAGAUGGGACAUUUAGUGAAAACUGCCACCAAGACCUUACCCGUGACUGAGCUGUUUUCUGCACCGACUCUCACCAUGUCUCCCGCUGAAGUCUUUCAAAGGGAACCCAUGACGUUAACCUGCAAAAGUGAGAGCUUUGCCUCUGAAAGACUCCAGAGGAAAGAGCUGACUUACACUCUUUAUUCCCUCGGAAACCCGCUGAAUUCUGGGGACACUGGAGUAUUUUCUGGCAAGGCCCUGCAGCAUGAAUUCAACUAUACCUGUACAGCUCGAGCCAAAGGCAUUGAGAAGCACAGUGAGACCCUGACAGUUCGACCAAGAGUUUUUGUCUCCGCUCCAAAGAUCUCGGUUUACGACAAAGCGAUCCUCGGAAAGCCUAUCCAGAUCCUCUGUGAGUCGGACACUGGCAGCCUGCCCAUAAACUACACCCUGUGGAAGGGUUACCAUACAGAAGGCACAACCAGAGUCCAGAUGCCCUUCCAGAAAGCUCUGUUCACAGUCUCCAUCAGCAAACCUGAGGAAUUAAACAAGUAUAUGUGUGAGGCGAAUAAUGGUCGCGAGGAAGGUCUUCUUGGUGCAAGACUCACUGCAAAUGUCACCGUGCCUCUGACCCACGCGAUGCUGUCCGUCCUCCCUGCCCUACAGGACAUCUCAGAGGAAGGUCAUCUCAACCUCAUAUGUAGCGUUCAAGGCACACCACCAGUCACCUUUAAAUGGUACCGUGUUGGUGAUCCACAGCCACUGAACGCCACCACUUCUGACAACGUUUACAAGGACUACGAGUUCCCCGUGAUAAGCAAAGCGCACAGCGGCAAAUACUACUGCGAAGCUUUCAACCACGCCAACAACAUCGUCAGAAGCAACGAGGUCACCGUAGAGGUUCGCAUGGCAGUGUGGAAGAAGGCGUUGAUCGGAGGCAUCUGCCUGCUAAUCGUGACAGUGCUGGUGUUGGUUUUUGGGCUGUACUUCAGAUCCAAGAGAGGUAAAAGAGACGCAGCUGCUGAAUUGUCAGUAAAGCCUUCGAGCCCUAAAUCAGAUGACUCUUUAACAGUGAAUCUAACCCACGACACAGAGGUUUAUAAUGCAGCCACAGUGCGGGUGGACAGAGCUGCAGUCAGUGUGUGGAGCGAACGGAAACCUGAAGCAGGAAAUGAUGAGGAGAACAGCAUGAUGUCCAACGAGCCUGAUGUGGAAUACACUGAGGUGGUUCAUCCUCGGUCAGCUGAUCCUGCCAGAGUUCCACUGAGAAAAGGCACAGACACAGUGUACAGCGAGCUCCAAAACUCUCCACAUGGUGCUGCCGACCACCAUGACUAUCAGGGUUCGGUCGAGUACGCUGAGCUCAACGGUGAACAAUCAGAGAGCAGUCAGCAUCAUCCUCAGGUCAACAGCUACCAGGACCUUCCUGAGCCGGUGGAUUAGUGAUCAGAUACUGCCUGGUUUCACUUCCUGCUUUAUUAUCCUCACUUUGUCAUCUCUACCAUCUACUUUAUCAUUUCUCAGCCAGUCUGCUGAAUUUGCUGUAAAUAUUUUUCAACCUAAUAAAGCCCCGUAUCCCAUA